AUGUAUAAACAAUCAUUGAUACCCAUUGCACUUAUAACGUUCCUACUGUUACUAUCGUUACUGCGGCCGUCGCCACCACCGUCACCGAGUGACACGCGUCCUAGCCUACAACACCCGACAACUAUUUACAGCUCAUCAUUUACUCGGGCUAUACAACAACGUGAUUCAAAUGAAGAUGAUGAUAUUGUACAAUUUUCGAUAGUACGGCCAACACCCACACAGGCUACACAGAUACGGUCCAUAUCAUCGAACCUGACCACCACUAUUGCCUCAUCUCAAUCUACUGAAAAUCCAAAUGACCAAGAUGUAUUUAAGUUGGUUUUCACCGUGGGUUCAGAUGAUUCUUAUUAUAAUGCACGUUUCCAAUUUGGUGACAAUCUGCAACAAAAUAACGACUCGGACAACUCGGACUCGCAAGGUAUUGGACUUCGAUUAGACUUGAUCCAGCCAGAAGUGUGGGUCAUGAAUGAGGAUAAAUAUAAAGAGUGUUCUGAGAUUUAUGAAUCACGAAGCAGUAUUUUGAAUCAAUAUCUGAGCGCUUCCAGCAUACCUUCGUCAGUCACUGACAGUCCAUUAUUUACAACCAAUUGCGCAAAACGGGGGUUAUAUACCAGUUCAGAAACCAUGCCAGCGCCACUGGGUGUCGGUGAUGCUUCAAUAUACAAUGGUGACUCGUACAUUAUUCCCUAUAUGAACCAAAUACACGCUAAGGGACAAUUUGCUACGGAUAAUUUCAAUUUCAACUUGACUCUGGGCUACAAUUUUCAAAUGUCAAAUUUCACCUUUGUCAAUGUUAAUGACACAAAUGUAUUUGUUGGUGGAUUAGGUUUGGCAAGUUACCCAAAGGGCAAUGGGUUUUUGUCUCGAUUGGUGCAACAAAGCAUCAUCAAGUCACAAAGUUACUCGCUUUGGUUUAGUAAUUCGGCUUCAACGGGCAACGAAUCCAUUGCCCAGUUGAUACCUGGUGUUGUAAAUCGAAAAUACUAUGUCGGGGACUUGUAUUCGGUAGAUAUGAUACCUCAUACUGGUGUACGAUACAACUCGAGUCAAGAUUCAGCCAAUGGUGAUUUAGCCAAUUUGAUUCUACCUAUAGUCAAUGUUGAUAAUGUAAAAAUUGAACGGGUAGACACUGGAGAAAGUGUUUCGAUUAAGUCAGAUGAAGACGAAGUGUUGCCUGUUUUGCUUGACUCAAGAAUAUUAUACUCAUACUUGCCACUUAAUGUCAUUAUAAACUUGGCGAUCCAGACCAAUGCGUUUUAUAGCUCAGAAGCUAAUAGAUGGUUAGUUGAAUGUGACACUUUGACUUCCAAUGGAAAUGCAACAAUUGAUUUCGUUAUUGGUUCGGUUACGGUCCAAAUACCGUUGCUUGAGUUUUUAGUCGAUGCAGUAUACAAUGGUUAUAACUUGCAAUUUGAAAACGGGAAAAAGGCAUGUUAUUUGACCUUUUUGAGGAAUGAUUAUGCUGGUUUCAAUUCUUUGGGGUUGCCAUUUUUAAAACACAUUUAUCUCGUUGUUGACAACGAUGGGAAACAAGUGGCAUUAGCAAACAGCAACAAGUUCCUUGACGUUGAUCAAUCUGAGCUACUUCAUUUACAAGAAAGCGAUGUGCUACCAGCGUAUAAUUAUUCAUCGGUUGCGCCAGCUGAUAAGAAUAUAUCCUCAAUUGCAUACAUUGAAUCAGGUACGAUUCCAUUUGCAACGCCAAUGACGUAUGCCAAUGUCGGCAAUGUCACUACUGAAGCAAUCACGUUGUCCUAUUCCCAAGUAACAGUCAAUGGAAGUGAAACCGUUGCCUUGGAUAUCCCAGCUAGAUUGAGUGGAGCUUUGAUUAGAUCUGGCUCUAUAUUUGUAACUGGUGUUACGGCAAGCUCAUCUCAAGGUUCCACCCAGAUAUCUUCUAGCUCACUGGGAAAUGCUCCAGCUUUGCAAGUGGUGAGGAUCGGGCGCAAGAAUGAUAGCGGGAAAUUGAGCAUAUGGAUCACUGUGGUAAGCAUAUUUCUAGGCAUUUUCUUGGCUAUGUCAUGA